UGUGGCGACGAGGUUCGCCUUCGGAGAGUUUCCUGGAGCAGCUGUUCGGGGGGAGGGGGCAGGGAGGGCUGGCUCGCCGUCUUUCCUCCUUGCCAGCUCUUCGCACGGCCUUUAAAACUUUCAGCAACCUAGAUCAGGUGGCAGAAUAACUUCAAACAGCUGACCAUCAUGAAUGCAUUUAAAAAAGGCUGAAAAGAGUACCAGAAGGUGCUGGGGCUCAAACUUACCUUAGAAGAUACACCCUUUGAGCUGGAAGCUCUAAUUCCAGAAGUGUGGGGUUGUUGUCUUUGGCUAUUCAAUGACCAUGGGGAACUCAUAUGCAGGGCAACUGAAAUCUGCCCGUUUUGAAGAAGCCCUUCACAACUCAAUAGAGGCCUCUCUAAGGUGUAACAGUGUUGUUCCUCGGCCCAUUUUUUCACAACUCUACCUUGAUCCUGAACAGCCUUCCUUCUCACUGGAAGGUAACCAAGCAGAUGUAAAACCAAAAGUGGAAGAGCUAGACAAAGAAUUGAUGAAUCGUUACACCCAGAAUGGAAGUUUGGAUUUUUCCACUAGCCAAACUGUUAAUGAAAUGGAUGAAGAUGAGGAGGAUGAAGAUAUGUCUGAUUCCAGUAGCCCACCAAUCCCAUACGCACAAAAACCUGCCCCAGAAGGGUCUUGCACUACUGAUGGUUUUUGUCAAGCAGGCAAGGAUUUGCGGUUAGUAUCGCUGUGUAUGGAACAGAUUGAUAUCCCAGCAGGAUUCCUUUUGGUAGGAGCCAAAUCUCCAAAUCUUCCUGAGCAUAUUCUUGUAUGUGCUGUUGACAAGAGGUUUUUGCCAGAUGACCAUGGGAAAAAUGCACUUUUAGGUUUUUCUGGAAACUGUAUAGGCUGUGGAGAAAAAGGAUUUCGAUAUUUCACUGAAUUUUCAAACCACAUUAACCUGAAGCUUACCACUCAGCCAAAGAAGCAGAAGCACUUAAAGUACUACCUAGUAAGAAGCUCCCAAGGUGUGCUGUCAAAGGGACCUCUUAUAUGCUGGAAAGGUCCGUUCUCUCUCCGUGCCAGUGAUGCUACUAGUGGUAACAAUGGAGGACGAACUAGUGUCAUGAGUUCUACAAUCUCUCGGCCUAUUUCUCACUCAGUGUCUCCUGGGCCUAGCUGCAUGUCUGGGGAGCAAGCAUCCAUGACAAGUUCUGGGCCCCCAAAGAAACGACACCGGGGAUGGUCUCCUGGAUCACCAGUCCCUCCUCCUGGCUUAGUUGUGCCUGUUCCUGCUAUUCGGCCUCUUCCAAGAACAGACCCUGUUUUGUCAGUCCCAGUUCCUCAAUCAAUGUUAACUGGAAUUUUACAGCCGCAGCCAAUCCCUGCAGGGGAGACUGUAAUAGUUCCUGAAAAUCUGCUGAAUAACUCAGGAGUCAGACCAGUGAUUCUGAUAGGUUAUGGCACUUUACCAUAUUUCUAUGGGAAUGUUGGAGACAUUGUUGUAAGUCCUUUACUAGUGAAUUGCUACAAAAUUCCACAGCUGGAAAACAAGGAUUUGGAUCUUUUUGGUUUGACGGGAAGUCAGUUACUAAGUGUGGAGAACAUGAUUAUUUUAACAAUACAGUAUCUUGUCCGAUUAGGUCCUGAUAAGAUACCUCUUAGGGAAGAAUUUGAACAGAUUAUGUUGAAAGCUAUGCAGGAAUUCACUGUGAGAGAGCAGUCCUUACAAAUGAGUCCUCAGUGCAUCUCCUUGUCGCCAGCACAACUCCCAUGGCUUGCCAGGCUAAUUGCCAGUGUCUCCCAGGACAUGGUGCAUGUGGUGGUUACUCAGAAUUCACUCGCUGAAGGCAUUUCAGAAACAUUGCGAUCUCUGAGUGAAAUGAAACGCCAGCAGAGGCUUCCAGAUUAUGUUGUUACUAUCUGCACUUCAAAGAUCAGAGGGAACGAGUUCUGCGUAGUAGUGUUAGGUCAAUAUCAGUCUAGAGCGCUGGCUGAGAGCAUGCUUACUACCAGUGAGUUUUUAAAAGAGAUCAGCUAUGAGCUCAUUACAGGAAAAGUUAGUUUCCUGGCAUCACAUUUCAAAAACACAUCUUUGGGUGAUGAAUUGGAUAAGUUACUAGAGACCAUGCAACAGAGAAGAGGAGAUAAUGUUGUAAUUCCAUUCAAUGGAGAUGUUAAUGAAUGUAUUUCAUCUCAAGAAGCAGCUGCCAUGGUUUCCACUCAAGAACUGGAUUUGGACACUGAAACCUUCCAGAUUUAUCAACCACAGCUCACAGUUGCCAGAAAACUCUUGUCACAGGUCUGUGCUAUAGCAGACAGUGGCAACCAAAGCCUGGAUCUGGGCCACUUCAGUAAAGUGGAUUUUAUCAUUGUGGUCCCUCGUUCAGAGGUGCUGGUACAACAAACCAUUCAACGGAUUCGACAAUCAGGUGUUCUUGUAGACUUGGGCCUUGAAGAAAAUGGAGUAGCUUACCAAAGAGCUGAAAAAUAUGUUGUGCGUCUAGACAAUGAGAUUCAAACCAAGUUUGAAGUUUUCAUGAGGCGGGUGAAACAGAAUCCAUAUACUCUCUUUGUGCUUGUUCAUGACAAUGCUCAUGUGGAUUUAACAAGUGCAAUCUCAAGCUCUUUAUCCCAUGGAGAACCCAGCCAUGGACUUGCUGAUAGAGUAAUUAAUUGUAGAGAGGUCCUUGAAGCUUUCAACCUCCUUGUCCUUCAAGUGAGUUCUUUCCCAUAUGCUCUUCAGACUCUGCAGUCUAGAAUCAGCUCUUCCAAUGAGGUACACUGGAUACAGUUUAGCAACAUGGAGGACUUAAGCAGAGAUGAGAAACUGUAUUUUGGCUUGAAUGAAUAUGGCAAAUCUCUGCAGUGGGGAAUCACAAGCCCUCUUCUGAGAUGUGAUGAAACCUUUGAAAAAAUGGUGCAUACGCUCUUAGAAAGGUACCCCAGACUGCACAGCAUGGUGAUUCGCUGCUAUCUGCUUAUUCAGCAGUAUUUGGAAGCCUUAAUGGCUCUCACUACCAUGGCCUCACUAAGAGACCAUAGCACACCUGAGACACUCAGCAUAAUGGAUGAUAUCAUCACUUCACCCGGCAAGGAUAAGAGUGGCCGUGGCCACAUGCUUGUCAUCAGGAUUCCCUCAGUGCAGCUGGCAAUGCUGGCCAAAGAGAGGCUGCAAGAAGCACGAGAUAAACUAGGUCUGCAGUAUCGUUUUGAGAUCAUCCUGGGGAAUCCGGCUUCAGAACUUAUUGUUGCCAAGCACUUUGUGAAACGGUUAAAGGCAUGGAGAGGGAAUGACCGGGAGGAUUGGUUUCCUCAUACUUACCAGGAUUUAGAAGGCCUGCCUUGUAUUGUUGUUUUAACUGGCAAGGACCCACUUGGUGAAACUUUUCCCAGGUCCUUGAAAUAUUGUGAUCUUCGACUGAUUGACUCAAGCUAUUUAACUCGUACUGCCUUAGAGCAAGAAGUGGGCAUGGCAUGCUGCUAUGUAUCAAAGGAUGCAAUCCGAGGGCCCAUUGUGGCUCUAGACCUUAGUGAGAAAGAUCAGGAGAAGGCAUGCAUUAUUGAGAAUGAUGCUGAUGAGCUGUUAAUUGACCUGGAGAGACCUCAGAGUAACAGCAGUGCUGUGACUGGAACUUCAGGUUCUAUAGCUGAAAAUGGUGUGAGUUCCUCCAGUGCCACAGAGAAGUCUCAGAAGCCACCGGGAUCCCUUAGCUUCCAGAAUGUGGCCAAUAGCUCAGUCGAUGAAGGCUUUACUGCUGGGGAGACCUUGAAGCAAGAAUGUGACUCUCUAGGCAACCAGAUAGCAAGCAGUACUACUUCUAAAUUGUCAACAUCAUCCUUUCCCAUCAGCCAGACAUUCCGGUGGCCUAGCCAGUCUAUGAAAGAGUGCAGGGGCUUGCAUGUGGCCUUACCUCGGGUUGUGAUCUUAUCUAAAGCUGCCUACUGCCUCCUUGGCUCACAGAAAAGUGGGCAGCCGCCUUCUUCCUCUUCUCUCUUGCCUCAUGCGGAUGUGUCUUGGACAAGUUCCCUGAGGCCUUUGCUGCAUAAAGACAUGACCAGUGAAGAGCAAUCUUUGUACUACAGGCAAUGGACUGCAGCUCGACAGCACCAUGCAGACUACAACAAUCAGAGUGAAACUGCCAGUGGGAGGAGCUUUCACCCACGACGGCUACUUUUGACAGGACCUCCACAGGUGGGAAAAACUGGCUCUUAUUUGCAGUUCCUGCGAAUACUUUUUCGCAUGCUGAUCAGGCUACUGGAAGUAGAUGUGUAUGAUGAGGAAGCCAUUAAUACCAAUCAUACCAAGGACAAUGAAAUUGCACAGUCCAGCACUGAUCAGUGGCCUGAUGUUGAAAUCAUCAGUAAAACUCCUUUUGACCUCAGUGUACAUGAUCCAAAGUAUGCCUUCAUGAGCCCUGUGUAUACAGAGCAGUUGCAAGAGCCAAACAAAGAAACCAAAGCUGAGAAAUUCAGAAAACGGAUUACUGUGUCUAUGAUGUUGACUAAAUAUGCAGCUUAUAAUACAUUUCAUCACUGUGAACAAUGCCAUCAGUACAUGGAUAUAAAUCCUUCAGCCCAGGUGUCUGACUCCACGCUGCAUGCAUUUACAUUCUCAUCCUCAAUGUUAGGAGAAGAGAUUCAGCUUCACUUCAUAAUUCCCAAGUCCAAAGAGAGCUAUUUUGUCUUCAGCAAGCAGGGCAAGCAUCUGGAAAGCAUGCGACUUCCUCUUGUAUCUGAUAAGAAUUUGAAUGCAGUAAAAAGUCCUAUUUUCACUCCUUCAAGUGGACGCCAUGAACAUGGGCUCUUGAAUCUGUACCAUGCUAUGGAAGGUGUCAACCAUCUUCAUCUCCUAGUGGUAAAGGAAUAUGAAAUGCCACUUUACCGCAAGUAUUGGCCCAACCACAUCAUGCUGGUUUUACCAGGCAUGUUCAACAAUGCAGGAGUUGGUGCUGCCAGAUUCCUUAUUAAGGAGCUUUCUUACCAUAACUUAGAACUGGAGAGGAAUCGACUAGAAGAGCUAGGGGUCAAGCGUCAGUGUGUCUGGCCUUUCAUUGUUGUUAUGGAUGACACUUGUGUUUUAUGGAACAGCCAUAGUAUCCAAGAACAAUCCAGUCAUUCCACAGAUCAAGGAACAACCAGUAAAAAUGUGUCUCUGAAGAGUGUUCUGCAGCAUAUUGAAGCUACACCAAAAAUUGUCCAUUAUGCAAUACUAGGCAUUCAGAAGUGGAACAGCAAACUGAAUUCCAGGUCACCAAAAGCUCCCUUCUCCAGGUGCCACAUCCAUGACUUCAUUCUACUCAAUGUAGACCUGACUCAAAAUGUACAAUAUGAUCUAAACAGGUAUUUCUGUGAAGAUGUAGACUUUAAUCUGAGAACAAACAGCAGCGGCCUGCUCAUUUGUUGCUUUAACAACUUCAGUCUCAUGAAGAAACACAUCCAGGUUGGAGGGCAAAAGGACUUUGCUAUUAAGCCUAAAAUAAUGGUGUCAGAGAGCUUGACUCCAAUAAUGCCUCUUCAAUAUGUCUGUGCUCCAGACAGUGAGCACACACUCUUGGCAGCUCCUGCUCAGUUCCUCUUAGAGAAGUUCCUUCAACAUGCCACUUAUAAGCUUUUCCCAAAGGCGAUCCAUAACUUCAAGAAUCCUGUCCUUGUCAUUGACUGCUAUCUGAACAUUGGUACAGAGGUAGCUCUCUGCUAUAUCAGUUCACGACCACAUUCUGUUAAUGUCAACUGUGAAGGUGUGUUUUUUAGUGGACUUCUCCUAUACCUUUGUGACUCCUUUGUAGGCGCAGACUUUCUUAAGAAGUUCAAAUUCCUGAAAGGUGCAACCCUGUGUGUAAUUUGCCAAGACAGGAGUUCUUUGCGUCAAACAAUAGUCCGUUUAGAGCUGGAAGAUGAAUGGCAGUUUCGUCUUAGAGAUGAAUUUCAAACUGCUAACAGCAGUGAUGAUAAACCACUCUAUUUUCUUACUGGACGCCAUAUAUAAGGAAACAAAAUGGCAGAGGAGGAGAAGAGAGCCUGACAAGUUUUAUUGUGUCGUUUUUCUUCUUUCUUUUAAAGUACAAUCACUGUGGAGCAAAGUGCAACCACUAUUUAUCUUCAGUACUCUUAAGGAUUUUCAAAAAUUCUAAUUCCAUCUGUACAUGUUUUUCUGUUCUUUUGUGAUUGAAAGAACAUAGUGAUUCAAGUUAAUUCCUAACGGGGCACUGUUACAGAAGCGAACAUGUCGUUGUGACCCAUGGUGCGGAGGACAUUUUGGCGGAUGAUGCGCUCUCCUCUGGUCUUUGUACUGUGCUAAAUGGAAGGAAAAUAACUUUUGACAUCAAUCAGCUUGUGUUACACAAGAUUCACACUGAGGAUGUGGAAUUAUUUGAAGAUAAUAUGCUGAGGAAUGCUGUCCAUUUCUCUUCAUAUCUGUACUUUUGGUACGGUAUAACUCAGGGGUUUGAAAUGACAGAUAUUUGUGUUAAGAGUAAUCUUUGUUCAUUUUCUGUUCAGUGUUAGCUUAAGAUUUGUAAUUUUAUAUAUAUUGAAACUGUUUUAGCAAAAUUUCCACAGAAGUUUUAAAAAGUUUACUACAUAAGCCUGAACAAAUUAAUGAAUGUAUGGCAGGCAUUGUGCACACAGGCAGGUUUGUUGAAAAACUUUUAUUUCACUCACUUGGUUUUCAGUUAUUGUCCUGAAGCCAGAGAUGCACAUGUUCAGAUAAUUCACCUAUUGGUGGGAAAGGAGGUGUUUAACUUGUUUCCCUCCUCAGUGGGUGAACAGCUUUCCCCCCUUUUGCAACACACAUGAAAUCAUAUUCGAUGACAAACUAGGUCCCAUGCAGAUACCUGAUUGUGUGCAUGGAUCAUCCUUGUUUGCAGACUGAAAAGUAUCUGAUCAGCCAGCUUAAAUAUGCAUGGUCGCCUCAGUGUAUUUAAACUUCACCAAAACUCUUCCAGUCCUUAAUACUAUCAGAGGUUUCUUAAAGUAAGUAAUCAACCUUAAUUUGUUUUACACAACAGAAAUAGUCUGAGCUCUUUUUGCAUUUGGUGCCUUUCAUUUGCAUCAACACUCAUUUCUCAGAGCAGAGAAUGUUGUUUUGAAUUUUCAUUGAGCUGAUCCUUUCCUAUGAGUUAAAAAUGGACUAUAGAAUAAAGAGGCUGAAUCAAAAUCAAGCCCCAAGCUAUGAGUUAAUAAACAUCCUUGAAAAUCAGUUCUGUAUGAAUUGGGACUUACCUCAAGAACUCUUACUUUAUAAAAAUAUUAUAUACAUACCAGAUAAAGCUGGCCAUUUUAAAUACCAGGCUCAAUCCAUUUGAAAGGCACAUCAUGUGUGUGUGGAGGAUACUUUUCUCAUGUUCCACUUACCCCUACCAACAUCUGUUUUAUGGGCAUUCAUAGAGGCAGGACAACAUGGUAUUAUAAAGAAUUGACUGGAGCACAAGUAAAUUGCAUUGUGUGCUGAGGGACACAAUGGGCGUAUGAAAGGCAUGCCUAGAUUUCUCCAUUCCCUGCAGUGCCCUCUUAUGAUGCCUGCACAUGCUUGUGUUAAUGGGGGAGUGGAGAAAAAGGGACUUUAUCGCUCUUAGUUGGAAUCCUUUGCAUGUGAGCCAUAUAUUUAUGUUGUGCUAGGCCAAGGCAUUGAAAUGUAUUUGCAUUAUAGAGAUUCAAGCGGGGAACCUGCCAAGGACUUGUAGGGAGCAUGUCAUUUCUCCCUGUAUGCCCCCCCACUAAUUCCUCUUUCCUUCCCUCCGCAGCCCUCCCCUUUUCCUGCUUGCUUCUUUACUUCCAACCCAUUAGUUAUCUUACUGUUUUCUGCUUCCUCAUCUUCAGCAUUAUCCCCUUUCCAGCUCUCCCUGGAAAACAGCCUUUGCAUUGAUCUCCAAGCCCAGCCAAGUGGUGUGGGUAGUGAGUUUUUGGUGGUUGCUGGCAGUUCUUGUCCUCAGUGAGUCUUCCUCCAACAGGGGACAUGAUAGAGAAGGGGGGUGGGAUCUUACCUAGGGCAGUUUUGGCCUCCCAGACUAGCAUUGCUUUAUAGAAACCAAAGUUUCGAUGGCUAGACAAUAUUGUUGCCAUUUCCUAACAACUCCCCAAAUCAUUGAGAUUUCAGAAUAGCAAUGGGUGUUGUUUCUAUUAUUUGGGAGAAUUUUAACUCCCCAAUUUUUUUUAAUAUCAGAAUUUCUACAAACCUGCAGCUUUUCUUAGGUUUGUAGCAAAAUCCCAUUCAUUUUGUAGAUUUUUGGUCCACACAGAAUUUAACAGUUUUAAUAUAACUUAUCUUAAACAAGCCACUGAAUGAUUGCAGAAUGAACUUCUUUGCACCAAAAAAGGCCCUGUAAUACUCCGCCCCCCUCCCCUUUUGCAUCAGUAUUUGGUGCAAAAUAUGCUGAAUUGAAAAUAAUUAAUUACUAUCAGGUCUUCAUACUGCAGUUGAUAUUUAGAUAGUAUUCAUUUGCUUUCCACCCCCACUAUUAAUCAGAUCUUUCCAGCUCCUCUCGCGCUUAUCCUAUUCUUUAUUAAUAGUUCUUCCUUACACCACAUACAUACACAUGCUAUUUUUUUUCCUUCUUCAAAUAUUUAAGGCAGGCAAGUGGUUUCAUGAGAUUGUGAAAGUAGUUAUUCAUUCAGUGCAUUGCAUUUAUUAUGAUCUAUACAGAAAUUGUAUACCUGCAAUUUAAGAAGCACCUGCCAAAACGGCAUUUUGAACAAAGUGUUAAUCAUGCAACUUUUUUACUUUGUGAAAGAGCUGUUUACAAAUAAUGAAAAACGUAAUAUAUUGAUUGAAGUUGAAAAGGAAAAUAAUGGUUUUCAUACCUGUUGUUUUUAUUAUAGCUGCAAUGCUGUAAAUGUAGCGUAUUUCAAAUGAACAAUUGUUUAUUCUAGUGUAGGUUAUUUGGUUGGGUUUGUACCCCACAGAGUUUGCCUUAUACUUUAAAGAAUACCUUAAUUUUUAUUUAGUAGAAGCUUAUGUAAGAGGUACAAUUAGGAGUGAUAAGGCCUGCAUGUUCACUGUGCAGUCUACAAGAUGCAUGAUGAAUACUGGUAUUCUAGGGAUAACUAGUUUUUUUGUAAUUAUGUUGGCCGAACUUAAUACCUGAAUAACAUGAUUUUAAUCUGUGAAAGUUUCCAAAGAGUUGCCAUUUUAUUGCAGAUAAAAAGUUUUCAAAAUCUUUGUAUAUUUGAUGUUUGCACUAAAGUUCUUAAAAUUUCAGGUGCUGAGACUUAGAGAUCCUUGGCAAAAAGGUCCAAAAAUAGUGACAGGCAGAGUGUACUAAACUAAGGUCUUUUUCACACAAUCAAGGGCUUGGGGAAUUAGCAGACAGUUUGCACAUCUUCCCUCAAGUGAACGCUUUUGAAUCAGUUUUUGAGCAAGAAAAAUGUAAUACAUCUCUUAAGUUAUGCAUUUUUACUCUGUAUAAACAUGUGGUUGCAGGUACAUCACAAAUAUUAGUGUAAGCUGUGAUUUUUUUCAGAAAGACAGCUGCACAUUUCCUUCUCUCAAUCCUUAGCCCCUAUUUGAUGGACCAUUUUGUGAACAUGUUCAUGCCCCUGCAGAAUGCCCCAGGCUCAACUGCUGACAGUUGUAGUUGAAGGACUUUGAGUAGCAGCUGUUGGGAAACUCCUUUUCUUAAAUCCUGGAAACUACUACCAGUUACACUAGACAGCACGGAGAAAGACAGACCAAUAAUGUAUUUAUUUUCUUCAUUUAUACCCCACCUUUCUCCCUAAUGGGGACCUAGAAUAGUUUACAUCAUUUGCCUUGCCUCUAUUUUAUAUGCACAACAGCCCUGUACGGUAGGUUAGGCUUAAGUACGUGUAACAGCGCUUCGUCACCCAGCAAGCUUCCAUGGCAAAGUGCAAUUUGAACUUGGAAUUCCCAGAUCCUAGUUUGAUAUUCUAACUACCACACCAUAGCUUCAGGUGUUCUUACUUACUUUUCAUUUAAAAAUGGAACAUACGUUUUCAGUAUAGCUAUUUAAGCACAGAAGCUCCAGUACUUAAGUUUUAUAUGAUUGUGUGAAAAUGCCUUAAGUACACCUGCCUUCAAACAAAAACAAUUCAAAACAUUUAUCACUGCGUGAUAUGAGAUCAGAGGACAGAAUAUGAUACUACUAAAUGGUAUCUUUUUAUUAUUUUGGUUACAGGUCUUGCAAGCAAGUUAAUGAUAUGACUGUAUUAAACAGGCCAGCAUCAUUUUACCUGUAGACUAGUUCUUGAAGAGGUCACAGGUUACUUUUGAAUGUAAUCUAUAACUAGAAUAAAAUCAUGCAUAUGUUUGUAACUUAUGUUGUUACUUUUUGUGACCUCUGAAAAAGAGGUUAAAUGUUGCUUUCUUAGGGCUGCUUCACACUUCAUUGUCUUCUUACACACACAAUCGUUCUGCCCAGGAAAGGCAUGCAAACGGUGUAUGUCACUAAUGUUAUCACACAGGAACCUAGAACAGCAGGAUUUUGAGUCCAGUGGCACCUUAGAAACCACAAGAUUUUCAGGCGCCUACUUUGUUAAAGGCACGGCUGCAGUUUUCCUGAGGACGUAUCCAUAUCAAAACAAAUGCACGUGCAGCCUUCCUGUAUGAAGCAUUUUUCCUUGCAGGGAGAUGAUGUCUAUGUAGGAAGUUCAUCAGGUUUUAAGCAGUCCUUAAUGUAAAAAUUCUCUUAACCAAAACUUGGUGAAUUUAUCUUCACUAGUCAGUCUACCUCACAUUUUAUUGUUUGUAACUGUGGCUAUAGUAUGUUUAUAAUGUUCUUUCAUUAAAUUCUGUGAAUGUUAUCA